GGGGGUAAUAAAUAAAAUGACUACAGAACAGUAGCAUGUUCAUCAGCGCGAACAAUCAAACACCAAAUCAAACAGACCAUGACUCACUUUAUUGAACUUGUCGCGACGGUCGUUGUUACCGGCUGCUGUGUUGUCUUCUUGGCCGCCGGGAGGCAUGAGACCAACGGCACCGAAGAAGCCGAGGAAUUUCCCCUGCUUACGAGCCUGUUAAGACUGAUGGAGGAGCUUGUAGUGGUAGAGGCUGUUCUGGACGAUGACAACGACCCUGCCAGCAGCUUCCGCCUGUCUCGAGACGAAAAGGCUACGUAUAUAGCCAGGGUGGAGUGUCUUUCGCCAUUGCGGAAGAAGUGGAGGGAAGCAAUGGAGAAAUGGAAUUUCUCUUAG